AUGGGCAUCCUCGACAGCAUUCCGCAUACAGCUGGCGGACUGGCUGGUACGCUCGCAUUACUGAUCUGGGAUGCAUGCCUCUUCGCAAGCGGACGACGGCCUUUCAUUAUCCGCGAGCUACACAAGACUUACGGCGAUGUCGUCCGUAUAGCGCCCAACGAGCUCUCCUUCGCUUCGGUCAACUCCUACCGUGACAUCUACGGCCAUGCAAGCAAGACUCGUCGCCCUUUUGAGAAAGGACAGUUCUACCAUCGUGACAAGAAGCACCUAUCCAUAAUCGAUUCCAAAGGCCAAGACCACAGAAAUCAGAGGAAAGCCCUGUCAAAUGCGUUCAGUGCGAAAGCGCUCCGCGAUCAAGAGGAUGUUGUACAGCACUAUGUCAACAUGUUCAAUAAUCAGUUAGGUACAUGGAGCUUGCGGCCUAACGGCAUCAACAUUGCUGAGUCUCUAAACUGGAUCACAUUUGAUAUUAUCGGCGAACUAGCGUUUGGCGAAUCAUUCAAAGCAGUCGAAGCAGGCAAGACACAUCCCUGGGUCUCACUCCUCAUCGACUCAGUCAUGGAGCUAAACUUGAUCGGCUUGCGCAAGCGCAUUCCAAUCUUGACCUUGCUCCUUCCCUUUCUAGUCCCUAGAGGUCUUGCUGCGAAAUUUGCUGCGCAUUGGGCUUUUGUUCUUGAAAUGACCAAGAAGCGCAUCGCGAAGAAAGAUACAAUCAAACGGACAGACUUUUUCCAGCACAUUCUGGAACACGGAAUGAUGGAAGAGGCGCUGCUCACAGAGAACGCUAACCUCCUCAUUGUCGCCGGGUCGGAGACAACUGCAACUGCCCUCUCAGGUUGCAUGUAUUACCUGACGCACGACGACAAAUGCCUGGCCAAGCUACAGCACGAAGUCCGUAAUGCUUUCGACUCGCCUGACCUUAUCGACGGGGACACAACUCAGAAGCUACCGUACCUGCACGCCUGCAUCGAAGAAUCUCUACGCAUGUACCCGCCCGUAGCCAUAGGGCUCCCUCGAGUCUCGCACGGCGCAACCAUAGACGGCCACUGGAUACCUGCAGGUGUCGAAGUGUCGAGUCACAAUUGGACACUGAUGCGCGACGCCCGCUACUGGAAAGAUCCCAACUCGUACAGACCCGAGCGAUGGGUGGGCGAAGGCUUUGGCGAUAAUAAGGACGCGUUCCAGCCUUUCUCGCUUGGCGCACGAGCGUGCAUUGGCAUCAAUCUCGCGUAUAUGGAAAUGAGGAUUAUCCUCGCCAAGAUGGUGUGGAAGUAUGAUUUUGAGUUGUUGAGCAAGGAGCUGGAUUGGGAGCGGGACAACAUGUCGUAUCUGCUUUGGCAGAAGCCAGUUAUGAACAUGAAGUUCCAUCCUCGUACGGGCGUUGUAUAUUCCUAA